AAUUACAUAGAAACAUUUGAAAAAAAAAUCAACAAAAAUCAAAAUUUGUGCUGCACCUUAACUCCAUUAGUUUCUCUAAUGUAUUCAAUAAACGAAUUACAAGAACUGUUCAAAUAAUACUCAUCAUUUUUGUAAUCGCCCCAGAUCUUUUAUCGUAAUCAAUACAAAUAAGUAGAACGUUAUCCGCUUUGUUAUGGCCGCGCAGUGCCAUAAACUUUAUCUUAGAAAAGAUGUCUGCUCCAAAAAAUUAAACUAGGAAUCAUGAAUAAUAUUCUCCACGUGGGAUUUCUCUGUGCCAGUCUGUUUGUUGCCGGUUCCUUCUGGCUCCUCCCUUCGGUUACUUCGGAAGAGGUUGAACCAGGGGAACGUCUGGCUCUGAUGAAACGAGGAAUGGCGUGGGACUUCACCAAAAAGGCGGGACCCUCAGAUGACAAACGAAGCAUGGCUUGGGACUUCGUGCGUCGUAGCGCUUCGGACGACGAUCAACCACUCUCGGAAGACAAAAAGGGAAUGGCAUGGGACUUCACGAGGAGAAGUCUCGACGACAAGCGGAACUCGUGGAGUUUCAUGCACCAACCUCCCCCCUACUAUGCCGCAGCAGACGAAAAGAGAGCCAUGGCAUGGGACUUCACCAAGAGAACACCUCAGGCUAAACGGGCAAUGGCAUGGGACUUCACGAAGAAAAAAUUUGACAAAAAACGUGCAAUGGCUUGGGACUUCACGAAGAAAAACACUGACGAUAAACGUGCGAUGGCUUGGGACUUCACGAAGAAAAAUCUUGACAAUAAACGUGCAAUGGCUUGGGAUUUCACGAAGAAAAACAUUGAUGACAAACGUGCAAUGGCUUGGGACUUCACGAAGAAAAACAAUGACGACAAACGUGCAAUGGCGUGGGACUUCACCAAAAAGAGUUUCAACGACAAUGGCGGUAAAAGAGCCAUGGCCUGGGACUUCACAAAGAAGAGCGCAGUUCCGAUAGAGAUGCCUGAAGGGUAUGAACAGAAAAGGGCAAUGGCCUGGGACUUCACCAGAUAGACAGGCAAAAAGGGAAUAGCCGAUUUGAUAAUUAUUCAUAGGACAAUAUGGAUCCAACACGCAAAAACCUCCCUAGAUUGGAAAAGAAAACACCCCGCUUUCUAGCAAACGACCAUCACAUCAACUAUUUUUCAUGAUAUUUUCAAAAAUUUGAUGAAUAUCAAUACGCCAAGCAAACAAAUAUUCUAAAUUCAGCUGUUU